AUGAAUCUGGAAAAACUCAGUAAGCCUGAACUCCUAACACUAUUCAGUAUUCUUGAAGGAGAGCUUGAAGCAAGGGACCUUGUGAUAGAGGCUUUAAAGGCCCAACACAGAGAUACUUUCAUUGAAGAACGCUAUGGAAAAUACAACAUCAGUGAUCCUUUAAUGGCCCUGCAGAGAGACUUUGAAACACUGAAGGAGAAAAAUGAUGGCGAGAAGCAGCCGGUCUGCACAAACCCACUCUCUGUUCUUAAGGUGGUGAUGAAGCAAUGCAAGAACAUGCAGGAACGCAUGCUGUCCCAGCUGGCCGCGGCCGAGAGCAGGCACCGGAAGGUGAUCCUAGACCUUGAGGAAGAAAGGCAGAGGCACGCACAGGACACAGCUGAAGGAGAUGAUGUCACCUACAUGCUGGAGAAGGAGAGAGAGCGGCUGACCCAGCAGCUGGAAUUUGAGAAGUCCCAAGUGAAAAAGUUUGAGAAGGAGCAGAAGAAGCUGUCCAGUCAGCUGGAAGAGGAGCGCUCCCGCCACAAGCAGCUCUCGUCCGUGCUGGUGCUCGAGUGCAAGAAAGCCACCAGCAAGGCAGCCGAGGAGGGGCAGAGGGCGGGAGAGCUGAGCCGGAAACUGGAGAAGGAGAAGAGCCGGGUGAGCCAGCUGGAGGAAGAGCUGGCCGCGGAGCGGAAGCGAGGCUUGCAGACAGAAGCCCAGGUGGAGAAGCAGCUGUCUGAAUUCGACAUCGAAAGAGAGCAGCUGAGGGCAAAACUGAACCGAGAAGAGAACCGGACCAGAACUCUAAAAGAAGAGAUGGAAAGUUUGAAGAAGAUCGUGAAGGAUCUGGAGGCUUCUCACCAGCAUAGUAGCCCUACUGAGCAAUCCAAGAAGCCGGUAACCGUAUCUAAGGGCACAGCGACUGAGUCUCCUGUGCUGGUGUCUGUAUUUUGCCAAACAGAAGGUUUCCAGGCAGAAAGAACCCACGGGAGCAACGUAGCCAAGGUGCUGACCACUGGGCUGCCUGGCCCCACCACUCCUACUUACUCUUAUGCAAAAACCAAUGGCCAUUUGGAGCCCGAGAUACAAACUGCCAAGGAGUCGGUUACAGGCAGCAGUGUGGAAAACCAAGUGCCUCCACGAGAGAGGUCUGUGGGGUUGGCCCAAGAGAAAGCAGUGGAGAAUGGCGGGUGUCCUGUGGGAAUUGAGACUCCUGUGCCAGCACCUGGUCACCUCCCGUCCAGCGGGGGCUCGCUGUCUCCCAGCAGCACCGCCUCCUCCUCUCUCACAUCCUCUCCUUGUUCCUCCCCGGUGCUAACUAAGCGCUUGUUGGGGUCCUCAGCCAGCAGCCCCGGCUACCAGUCAUCCUACCAAGUAGGGAUCAACCAGCGGUUCCAUGCAGCGCGGCAUAAAUUUCAGUCCCAAGCAGAUCAGGACCAACAGGCCAGUGGUCUGCAGAGCCCUCCAUCCAGGGACCUGUCUCCCACGCUCAUAGACAACUCUGCCGCCAAGCAGCAGGCCCGCAACACAGUCACUCAGGUGCUCUCCAGGUUCACUAGCCAGCAAGGGCCGAUCAAGCCCGUCUCCCCCAACAGCUCUCCCUUUGGCACAGACUAUCGGAAUCUGGCCAGCACUGCCACCUCGAGAGGGGACACCAGCCAUUCCCCUACUCCAGGGAAAGUGUCCAGUCCACUGAGCCCUCUGUCUCCAGGGAUCAAGUCCCCCACCAUCCCCAGAGCUGAGAGAGGACACCCGCCUCCCAUCCCACCCAAAAAACCGGGCCUCACUCCCUCUCCAUCCACUACCACUCCAUUGACCAAAACCCCUUCCCAGGCCUCCUCCUUGGCCGCCGCAGAAGACCUAGCCGGCAGCUGCUGUUCAAAUGCCAUUGUGGCUAACGGCAAGGACGUCGAGAUCCUUCUGCCUACCAGCAGCUAG